AUCGAGUCGGCCAUGUUCCUCAGUGAACGGCUUCAGCUGAGUGACAGUGUGCAGCGGGCAGGAAAGACCGACCUGCUUUCGUUCCGAAAGACUACCGGCAAUGGCUGCAGCUCGUAAAGUCAUCGUGUACGGAGGAAAAGGCGCCCUAGGAACCAAAUGCGUGGAGCUUUUUAAAUCUAAGCACUGGUGGGUUGCCUCCAUUGAUUUUACAUCUAAUGAAGAGGCGAAUGCGAGUAUCAUUGUGAAGACGAGCGAGUCCUUCACCGAGCAGGCAGAGCAGGUUACUGCUGAUAUUGCCAGCCUUCUUGGGGAGCAGAAGGUGGAUGCCAUAAUCUGUGUAGCAGGGGGUUGGGCAGGCGGUAGCGCAAAAGCAAAAUCUCUUUAUAAAAAUGCUGACUUGAUGUGGAAGCAGAGCAUGUGGACAUCUACAAUCUCCAGUCAUUUAGCCUCAAAAUAUCUCAAAGAUGAUGGCUUUUUGGCACUUACUGGAGCAAGUGCUGCUUUAAGUGGGACACCAGGAAUGGUGGGCUAUGGCAUGGCGAAAGCAGCUGUACAUCAACUGUGCCGGAGUCUAGCUGGAGAGAACAGCGGGUUGCCCGUUGGAUCUUCUGCUCUGGCAAUUUUGCCAGUUACCUUGGAUACACCGAUGAACAGGAAAUCAAUGCCUAAUGCAGAUUUCAGCUCCUGGACACCAUUAGAAUUUGUUGCUGAAACCUUCUAUAACUGGACUGAUAAAGCUGCCAGACCUGCCUCAGGAAGUCUUAUUCAACUUGUAACAACUGGGAACAAAACUGAUCUAAUCCCUGCUCAACUCUGAGAUGGAAUCUCCAUUAUUAACCAUUCAACAUGGAGAUCAGUUUAGUUAUUUUUGUGAAGUGCCAUUUCGCAUACCUAAUAGGAAUCAAUUGGUACCAGUGAUAAUGUGAUGGAUGGUGAUGGAAAAAAUAUUUGAUUGCAUCUUCCUUUCUUUCUACUUCCUUGCCCUGUGUAUUGAAGGGUUCUUCACUCAGUGAUUUGAACACUAUUUUCCUUCUCUUUUUUAAACUUCUUAUUGCUGUUUCUUACUCUAACACACUAUGCUUUCACAGAAUUAUUUGAGAUGAGAAAGUACAGAAUGAAAGAUCAUUUUCCUUGCCUUAUGUUAGCUUACCUCGUCUUGUUUACCAGUAGCUAAGUGAAUGCUUUAUCUUUUUAUGAUUGUGUUUCUGUAAUAAACAUUGCACCAUCUACAAUCUACAAAUUGUUUGAAAUUUGUAUAGAACUGAUGGUGCAAGCUCACAUUUCCAGGAUUAACUACAUUUCAGAAUUUGGUUGAGUUCACAGCUUGAUUUAUAUUUCUGCUCAUAACCUGUUAGAACAUUUGAAUGAUUUUUAUUUGAUGGAGUGCAGAGUAUAACUUAGUUCAAUUGGAAGCAUAAUGCAAAGUAUACGAGUGUUCAGUUUGACUGAACUCAUCUCAACUGGAUUGAGAUUUUACUCCUGAGUACAACUGAAUCAUCAAUAGAAUUUGUUAAUGAAUUUGCAAGUUCUUUCAAGAUCACAAAACUUUGAAAGGAGGAAUUAUACAAGAAAGGAGUUCUAUGGUAUUCUAACAAAAAAAAUCUUCCCAUCAACAGAACAGCUGCAGAUAUAGAUUAUACUUAGUUUUCCCACUACCUCAUUGGCCACACCUUCCAACAUCUCCUUAACUAUUCUUGAUCUGGAAAGGAUGGACCAAAGUUUCUGUUCCGUACUUUUCUACGACUCUAUGAAAUCAGACUAGAAGCAGAGUACCGGUUCUUACGGCAGCACAGUGGAAUAACUAGUAGACUUGCUGCCUCGCGGGUUCAGUUCUGACCGCUGGUGUUGCCUGUGUCAGGUUACGAUGUUCUGUGGAUGCUCUGAUCUCCACCAUAUACCAAAGACGUACAAAUUAUUAGGUUAAUGUGCCACCAUAAAUUGAGCCUAGUGAAGAAUUGAAUGGUAGAAUCUGGGGAGAUUUCAUAGGAAUAUAGUGAGAAUAAAAUGGGAUUCAGGCAAAUGGUGUUUGAUGGUUGGAAAGGAGUCAGUGGGCUGCAGGGGCUGUUUACAUGCAUAUUCUCUCCAAGCUUCUUACACUUAAAAUUAGUUCUAAUGUUAAAAUAGUGCAGUCAAAGAAAUCCUACCAAUUAAUUUUUACUGAUGUACCUUAAAUUGUCUGAGUCAUGCAUAAAGAUUUUAGUCUGCUUCAUUCAUAAUUAUAAACAGGAAUAGGAUAAACAAUAUUUACUACAAGGAAAAGAAAGCUGAUAGAUUCAAAACCAAACAAAUCAAAUCACAAAAUCUAUCUAAUAUAAUGUUUGAGGUUGCAAAAUGUGUUUUACAUACACAAUUGUAAAAGAAUUAUCUAAAAAGAUGUUAGUAAAACAUAUGGAUUGUAUUAUUUCCUUUAUAUAUUGGUUUCUCAGAGUUGUUUUCCAGCUAAGAAGUGGGAAAAGUAACUUAUUGCCAAGUAGGUCUUGCACUCGAGAAAGGGCCACCGGGAGACGGAUGUAGGUUAGACGCUUUGCAGCGGUUUUUUCUAGUUGUUUCACCUUUUUAGAAAAAUGUUUCCCACACCCUCUCCAUGCCCCAGAUCAGCAAGUUCAAGAAAUGAAUUUGUGGAAAGACAAAAGGAUGAAUGCAUUUCUAAUAAUGAUGAUCUAAAGAAAAAGUUAUUGUGAAAAUAAUUAUCUUGGAGCAUCUCCAACUCCGAAAUUAAAAACUCAACAAUUCUCCCUUUGAAUGAAUUUACAAUCUAAUUCAUGUCAUUGAUACACAUUCUCUUCAGUUUGAAUUUGGUUUGCCAAUAUAGUUGCACCGUAAGUGAUUCUAAUUAUGAUGCAGUAGCAAUGAUAAACUUGAAUUGCUUUACAUGAACGUAAUUUUGUACAUUACAUUAUCUUGACUCUUAAUGCAAAUAUAAUAUAUACAAUGGAAUAUUAAAAUUGUUGUAGACAGUAUUCAAGCUUUGUAGCUAUGUCAUCAAUAAAGCAAAUAUGUAUUUGUGAUUUGA